AUGAAGAUUUGCGUGAUAUUACUUAUGGUUUCCUUGUUCUCCACCGCCUUCUCCGACGAAACAUCCGACCUGUACCUGUUGCCGAAGCCAUCGUCGAUUCUCCAGUACCCGUCGGAACACAAGAAAGUGGACGGCGAGGAGGUCAAUUUGUACUGCACGAGCUGGAGAUUCACGGCGGAGACCAACAAUCUCGCGCCAUGGAGCACAAUCCCGGCGGAGUGUGCGGAUUACGUUAAGGAGUACGUGAUGAGUAGAGGUUAUGUCACCGAUCUUGAGAGAGUCUCUGAAGAGGCUUCUAUCUUCGCGAACAGCGUCGAGUUCUCUGGCGACGGCAAAGAUAUUUGGGUUUUCGACAUCGACGAGACUCUCCUGUCGAAUCUCCCGUAUUACAUUGACCAUGGCUUUGGGUACACGUUUCCUCAAUCUCCCUUCAGUUUCUCAAUCUUGUUUUACGGAACAAUUCGUUUUGAAUUUGGGAUUUUUGUAGAGAGAGGAGUGGCACCAGCUAUAUCCCCAAGCUUGAAGCUUUACCAAAGAGUGUUUGAUUUGGGAUACAAGAUUUUCUUGCUUACAGGAAGGAAAGAGAUCCACAGGCUUGUCACUGUUGAAAACCUCAUCAAUGCUGGUCAAUGCUUUGUUUUGCAAAGAGUUUUGAUCUACGGAAUUUUACAAGGAAAGUUAUCAUCAUCAUCAGUAUCUCCAGAUGUACAGCACAAAAUGGCGACGCUGUACAAAUCUGAGAAGAGGAAUGCGAUGGUGAAAGACGGAUAUAGGAUUAGAGGCAAUUCAGGUGAUCAGUGGAGUGAUUUGUUGGGUUCCUCCAUGUCUGAACGAUCUUUCAAACUCCCAAAUCCAAUGUAUUAUAUCCCUUGA